AUGGAUACGGCGGAUGAACUUGAUAAUUCCAUCAAUGUUACUGCAAUAUGGGAUCUGCGUGCUGACGGCGAGUGGGUUUGCACUGCUCGAUGGCGCUGUCAUUUGGGCCCGGCGUGGCGUGUCACGUGGGCCCAUCCGGAAUUCGGUCAGGUUAUUGCCACCUGCUCUUUCGACCGAACCAUCGCCAUCUGGGAAGAAGUCGCUGGCGGACAGCCCUCUGGUUCAAAUAUGUUGCAUGAAACCGAUGGUCAUACUUUGCAUGGUGGGAUUUCAGGACCGCCAAUCAGACAGCACGGAAGCAAUGCGACUCCCAGUGCAAAUACCAGUUGGGUUCGGCGAACCAGCCUGGUUGAUUCACGCACUCCGGUUACCGGUCUACAGUUCGCACCUCGACACCUUGGACUGCAAUUGGCGGCCGUCUCCACUGACGGCAUGUUGCGUAUCUAUGAAGCCAUGGACGUGAUGAACCUUAGUCAGUGGCGAAUGCAAUUCGAUUUUGGCACCAAAAUGGCCGGAUCCUGUCUGGCCUGGUCUCAGUCGCGCCUUGAUCCUCCGUUGAUCGCAGUGGGUAGUGCUACCCCAUGUGGCCCGCAUUCCAAUGUCGAGAAUCCUUCGGAUGCAGUAUCCUCUUCUUCGGGUACAGUGACUGGCUCAAAUGCGACCGGAACAGCUCCAAAUCCGUCAGUCGGCAGUUCCGGCACAGCUGCCACCGCCACCAGUGGGAGCGUUACCACUGGUUCUGCCAGUGGUGGCAGUGGCACCGGAAGUGUUGGGGGCCCCGGUGGUGGGGUUAGUGUUGCUACCAUUUCUGGGACUGGCGGAAGCAGUACAAGUCUAGUUAAUGGUAAAGUGGUCAUUUAUGAGUACUCGGAAAGUCGUCGACAUUGGGAUUUAAUCGAGGAUAUUCGUGCUCUUGAGGACGCGGUAUACGAUGUGCAAUUUGCCCCGCAUAUGGCCGGUGACACCACUAAUACUCGAUCCGGCACAUCCGGUAGUACCACGCGAUCUCCGUACGAUAUCACUAUGAUGGCACAUUUCGAUCAUCAUAAAGGACGUGUUUGGCGAGUGUCAUGGAAUGUGACUGGUUCUUUGUUGGCCUCAUCUGGUGACGAUGGUUGCGUGCGUUUAUGGCAGGCAAACUACUUGGGCGUUUGGCUUCCUAUAUCCGUGAUCGCACCGGACGGUAGUCAUAGUAGUGCCGUGCCACCACCCGGUUCUGGCGAGCUUAGCAACAAAGCAGCCUUGAGCUCAAUGAUGCCUAGUUUAAUGCGGACCACCAGUAAUGGAUUACAAAUGAAGAUGACCUCACAUGGCGAUUCGGAACAUGGCAAGGUGUUUAUGGAUCGACAAGGUUCGGGGCCGGUUAUGCCAACAACGGCAUCUUUUCAAAAGUUGGGAACAUUUGCCAGUGGGAACUAUCCGGUCGCAUGGCACUAA